CUUUCGUUGGGUUUUUUGUCGAGUCGGCAGUGUUAACCCUAGCCAUUUGCCUGCUCCAUCCUCGUCGGAAGGCGAUCUGUCGGGCGACCUUGGCGGCCUCCGAUUGAGUUUGGAAGUUCCUAGGAGGCGAGGUUUUUGGCCUUUCCUCAAGGCGAAAUGGAAACUCUAGAUGCAGAUGUGGCUAGGGUUCAGGAAGAGAGAAGGAAGAAAGAGCAGGAACUUGCCUCUCUGACUGAGGUCACGUUUGAUGCUGAUCUCUAUGGCGGUGGAAAUCGUUUUGAAGGUUAUGUGCAGUCUAUCCCUGUUAAUGAAGAAGAUGAAGAUCAGGAUGUUAUGGAGAGAGAAAUUGCUAGGAAGUUGCCUUCUUACACUGCACCGAAGUCCAUAAUGAAAGAAAUACCUCGAGGGACUGGAGAGGAUGAUGAUGGCUUUGGUUUUAAAAAACCACAGAGAAUUACUGAUCGAGAAGACGAGUAUAGACAGAGAAGGCUAAACAGGGUCAUCUCACCUGACCGUAAUGACCCUUUUGCUGAUAGUACCCCGGAUCCGAACAAGAGGAGUUACGCUGAGGUCAUGAAAGAGGAGGUUCUCAAGAGAGAGAGGGAGGAAACUUUGCGGAGGAUUGCAAAGAAUAAGCAGGAGGAAGAGGAAAGGAGGAAUUCAGAGAAGGAAAAAGAAUCCACGGUGACUGCACCGGCCCAAAAAAGGAGGAACAGGUGGGAUCAGUCGCAAGAAUCAGAAAGCAACAAGAAAGCCAAAACUUCUGAUUGGGACUUGCCCGACUCUACUCCUGGAAUAAGUCGUUGGGAUGCAACACCAACACCUGGGAGAUUAGAUGCAGCUACACCAUCUGUUGCAAGGCGCAAUCGCUGGGAUGAGACUCCUACACCUGGUCGUCUGGCGGAUUCAGAUGCUACACCUUUAGGAGGUGUUACCCCUGGUGCUACUCCUGCUGGUAUGACAUGGGAUGCCACCCCUAAGCUUGGUGGACUGGCCACUCCAACACCCAAGCGGCAAAGAUCUCGUUGGGAUGAGACACCGGCAACGAUGGGAAGUGCAACACCAAUGACUGGCGCGGCAACACCAGCUGCUGCAUAUACGCCAGGUGUGACACCUGUUGGUGGUGUGGAUCUUGCAACUCCAACCCCUGGGGCUAUCAAUUUACGAGGUUCUCUUACGCCUGAGCAGUAUAACCUGCUUAGAUGGGAGAAGGACAUUGAAGAACGGAACCGUCCCUUAACAGAUGAAGAACUGGAUGCCAUGUUUCCGCAGGAAGGUUACAAGAUUUUGGAACCUCCUGCAUCUUACGUACCUAUCAGGACUCCUGCACGGAAGCUUCUUGCAACCCCUACGCCUAUCGGGACUCCUUUGUAUGCUAUUCCCGAGGAGAACCGUGGGCAGCAGUUUGAUGUUCCUAAAGAAGCUCCUGGAGGGUUGCCUUUUAUGAAGCCAGAGGACUAUCAGCAUUUUGGCGCACUUCUGAAUGAGGAAGAUGAAGAAGAGCUCUCACCUGAAGAGCAGAAAGAGCGGAAAAUUAUGAAGCUGCUGCUUAAGGUUAAGAACGGGACACCACCACAGCGGAAAACAGCUUUAAGGCAAUUGACAGAUAAAGCCCGUGAAUUUGGUGCCGGCCCUCUCUUCAAUCGGAUACUUCCAUUGCUCAUGUCGCCUACUCUGGAAGAUCAGGAGAGGCACCUUCUAGUCAAAGUCAUUGAUAGGGUUCUUUACAAACUAGAUGAGCUGGUUCGUCCUUUUGUUCACAAAAUUUUGGUGGUGAUCGAGCCAUUGUUGAUUGAUGAAGACUACUAUGCACGAGUAGAAGGGAGAGAAAUUAUAUCAAACCUCAGCAAGGCUGCUGGUUUGGCCACCAUGAUUGCAGCAAUGAGGCCUGAUAUUGAUAACAUCGAUGAAUAUGUUAGGAAUACAACUGCAAGAGCAUUUAGUGUUGUUGCAUCAGCUCUGGGAAUCCCAGCACUUCUUCCAUUUCUGAAGGCCGUUUGUCAGAGUAAAAAGUCUUGGCAAGCCAGGCACACUGGCAUUAAGAUUGUGCAGCAAAUUGCUAUUCUCAUGGGCUGUGCUGUGCUUCCACAUCUAAGAUCUUUGGUUGAAAUCAUAGAACAUGGUCUGAAUGAUGAAAACCAGAAGGUGAGAACCAUUACUGCUCUUUCACUUGCUGCUCUUGCUGAAGCUGCUGCACCAUAUGGAAUAGAGAGUUUUGACUCGGUACUCAAGCCUUUGUGGAAGGGUAUUCGUUCACACAGGGGCAAGGUGUUGGCUGCGUUUCUGAAAGCCAUUGGGUUCAUCAUUCCUCUCAUGGAUGCCAUGUAUGCAAGCUAUUACACAAAGGAAGUGAUGGUGAUACUGAUUCGUGAGUUCCAAUCGCCUGAUGAAGAAAUGAAGAAGAUAGUAUUGAAAGUUGUCAAACAAUGUGUUAGUACUGAGGGAGUAGAAGCAGACUAUAUUCGUACUGAGAUCCUGCCUGAAUUCUUCCGCAAUUUCUGGGUUAGAAGAAUGGCUCUUGACCGGAGGAACUAUAGGCAACUAGUGGACACCACGGUGGAAAUAGCAAAUAAAGUUGGUGUCGCAGAUAUAGUGGGCAGGAUCGUUGAGGAUCUGAAAGAUGAGAGUGAACCAUACAGGCGUAUGGUAAUGGAGACCAUAGAAAAAGUAGUUGCAAAUCUUGGUGCUUCAGAUAUUGAUGCGCGCUUGGAGGAGCUUCUUAUAGACGGUAUACUGUACGCUUUCCAAGAGCAAACGAGUGAUGACGCCAAUGUUAUGCUGAAUGGUUUUGGUGCUGUUGUCAAUUCUCUUGGGCAGAGGGUGAAGCCUUAUCUGCCCCAGAUAUGUGGUACCAUCAAGUGGCGCUUGAAUAACAAGAGUGCGAAGGUGAGGCAACAAGCUGCCGAUCUCAUUUCUCGAAUUGCCGUUGUUAUGAAGCAGUGUCACGAAGAACAGCUUAUGGGUCACCUUGGCGUUGUGCUCUACGAGUACCUGGGAGAAGAAUAUCCCGAAGUCCUUGGGUCCAUAUUGGGAGCGCUAAAGGCAAUCGUCAACGUGAUUGGUAUGACAAAGAUGACGCCUCCAAUCAAGGAUUUGCUGCCUCGGUUGACUCCUAUUUUGAAGAACAGGCAUGAGAAGGUGCAGGAGAAUUGCAUAGAUCUUGUUGGUAGGAUCGCUGAUCGUGGAGCCGAGUUUGUGCCAGCAAGGGAAUGGAUGAGGAUCUGUUUCGAGCUGCUGGAAAUGUUGAAGGCCCACAAGAAAGGAAUCAGGAGGGCAACCGUCAACACGUUUGGGUACAUUGCAAAGGCAAUCGGGCCACAGGAUGUCUUGGCAACUCUCCUAAACAAUCUGAAAGUUCAAGAGCGACAAAACCGGGUCUGUACAACAGUUGCCAUUGCCAUUGUUGCGGAAACGUGCUCGCCUUUUACUGUUUUGCCUGCUCUGAUGAACGAAUACCGUGUCCCGGAGCUAAAUGUGCAGAAUGGUGUUCUUAAAUCUCUUUCUUUCCUCUUCGAGUAUAUCGGGGAGAUGGGCAAGGACUACAUCUAUGCUGUGACCCCACUUCUGGAGGAUGCACUCAUGGACAGGGACCUGGUCCACAGGCAGACUGCCGCUUCAGCUGUUAAGCACAUGGCACUGGGCGUGGCUGGUUUAGGUUGUGAGGACGCGCUCGUGCAUCUGAUGAACUACGUGUGGCCGAACAUCUUUGAGACUUCCCCUCACGUGAUAAACGCAGUGAUGGAGGCCAUAGAAGGCAUGAGGGUGGCCCUGGGUCCAGCUGUUGUCCUGAACUACUGUCUUCAGGGUCUAUUCCAUCCGGCGAGGAAGGUGCGGGAGGUCUACUGGAAGAUCUACAACUCCUUGUAUAUAGGUUCUCAAGAUGGUCUUGUGGCUGCCUACCCGGUUCUGGAAGACGAAGGGACUAACGCUUUCUGCAGAUCAGAGUUAUCGAUGUGGAUUUAGGUACAUGAUUUGUCUCGUUGUAGUAAUUGUAAUUUCUAUCUGAGAAACUAUAGGAACUGUUUGCCUUUCCUUCUGCAGCACAAGGCGCCAGUUCCACAUUUUGUUGACAUAUUUUACGAUGGAAUCUCUGCCACCGUUAACCUUCUCAUCUUUAUUUAUUGUGGGUGUUUGCUUC